GUGCUUCCUUUACUCUGCAUUGUAUGUUUCAUUUGUAUCUCACAAUGAACCGAGUUACAACAGUCUUACUGAUAUUUUACGUUUUUAAUAAUCUUUUACAAGUUGUGCAUAUGCGUGUAGAACUUAGCGAUUUUUAUCCAUAUGGACCUGAUAAUGGCGAUAAAUCAGUACCAAAGAAUGAUGAUGGAAGUUCUGGUCUUGUAGCUAUUUCGUUUCCUUUUCCUUUCUUUGACACAGAUCAUGAUUCUCUGUUUAUAAACACCAAUGGAGCUAUCUCAUUCCUUCGGGAAGUUUCACAAUACAAACCGGACCCAUUCCCUUUAAGCGGCAAUCGUCGUCUAAUUGCACCAUUUUGGGCAGAUGUCGACACCACAAAAGGAGGCAAUAUAUAUUACAGAGAAAGUCAAGAUCUUGCUAUUCUAACAAGAGCUUCAGCGGAAGUUAGAAAAUAUGAUGUUAGUCAAAGACGAUUCUCUGCAAAGUGGGUCUUGAUUGCUACAUGGUUAAAUGUUGCACAUUAUGGUGGCUCUUCAGAUCCUAAUGUAAAUAAUUUUUUUUCUUGAGUUUAUUUCGAAUUUAAAUCUUUCAUAUU